AUGCGGCCGAAGCUGUCACCGAGGUCCAAAGCCUCCGAGUUUGUUUCCAACCUCUCGUCUAGGAAGCUGUCGCCACCUAAGGUUAGCGUCCUUGCUAAAGGCCACAACUUUAAUAUGUCGGGAGGUCGACCUCCCUUGGCGAGGAUCGCGGCAGCCGUGGAGGACGGGAUCCGUCAUCUUGACCCCAACGUCCAGGAAUCAGUGAGGCUGAAAGCGAUUGGCAUACUGGCACAUGGCCUAAUGAAGAAACAGUCGUCCAAUCUGUCCCCGGAGGAAAACCGAGCCCUACGAGAGCUGCGCGAGGGCCCCUCAAGUGUCGUCUUGCCUGCGGACAAAGGGAACGCUACUGUCGUCCUUGACCGGCGAGACUACGACCGCAAGGUCCAAGACCACCUUGUUAGUGGCACUUACAGCAAACUUAAGAAGGACCCUACAGCGCAGGUACAGAGAGACCUCAACAAGCUCCUAGGAGACGUAUUCGUGAAACACCCGGAUGCCAGAGCUCUGCACCUUCGUUUCAUGUGCAGAAACGGAAGUGCUCCCGGAUUCUACGGGCUUCCCAAGACCCACAAGCCUGGUGUUCCCUUGAGGCUGAUUGUGGAGUUCACAUAUCCGCCACUUCGAGCCCUGUCGAGCUUCUUACACAGGAUUCUGGCCCCUCUCGUGGGAAACACGCCGACGCACGUGAAAAAUAGCAGCCAUUUUGUUGAGCUUCUUUCCCCGAUACCGAUUUGCGAAGAUGAAUGCCUCGUGUCAUUCGACGUAGUCUCCCUCUUCAAUAGCAUACCUGUCCAAUUAGCAAUGACCACAGCGCGUGAAGUGCUGGAGUGUGACGAAAACCUUGAGGCAAGAACAGGCCUGAGCGUCGACGAGCUGAGCCGCCUUUUGAACUUUUGUCUCAGCAGCACGUACUUCUCCGUCAACGGAGAACACUAG